AUGCGCAUCGUGCUCAAAGCUAGCUUGGGGGCAGUACUAAUUGCCUCCGCCCACGCGCUGGGACAAAGGCCUCUGGGGUCCUCAUUUGGUGUUCCUGGUACCAAUGCAACGUUCGACUACAUCGUGGUAGGAGGUGGAACCGCGGGUUUGACACUGGCCACGCGACUAGCCGAGCAGCAGAACGGCUCGGUGGCUGUCAUAGAAGCAGGAGGUUUCUACGAGAUUGACAAUGGUAAUCUAAGCCAGGUCCCUGCCAGUGCCGGAGAAUACAGUGGUCCAUCUCCAUCUGACUGGCAACCUUUGAUUGACUGGGGAUAUGUCACUACCCCGCAAGAGGGACUUUACGAUGCACAGGUACACUACCCACAGGGUAAGUGCCUGGGAGGCGGUUCCGCCCGCAAUAGAAUGGUAUUCCACAGGGGCACAAAAGGGGCGUAUCAGAAAUGGGCGGAUGCGGUGAACGAUGACAGCUUCACUUUCGACAACCUGCUGCCCUUCUUUGAAAAAAGCUUACACUUCACCCCGCCGGAUCAAUCCCUGCGUUUAGCCAACACCACCCCUUGGUAUGAUGCUAGCGUGCUGGGCACUGGCGCGGGUCCACUGUCUGUGACCUACUCCCACUACGCCCAGGCCUUUACUUCGUGGGCUCUUCAGGGAGUGAAGAGUGUGGGAUUGUCAAUGAUUCCCGGAUUCCAGAGUGGCUCGCUACUGGGCUCGGGGUAUACUCUGCUAACCAUUAACGCUUCCACGAUGCUGCGGGAGUCAUCCGAGACAGCGUUCUUGAGGAGUGCCCUGAGUCGCCCCAACUACCAGGUCUAUCAGUCUACCCGGGCUACGCGGAUCCUCUUCGAUGGUGGUCAACGGGCAACAGCCGUGAUGGUGGAGACCGGGGGAUUUACCUACCAGUUGAACGCGACCAAAGAGAUCAUUCUCUCCGCAGGGGCCUUUGGCUCACCACAAUUACUGAUGGUAUCUGGUGUUGGGCCUGCUGAGGUUCUCAGCCCACUGGGUAUUCCUGUAGUGGCUGACCGGGCAGGCGUCGGCCAAAAUCUCCAGGACCAAGUCUUGUCGUUUGUGGCGCGCCCUGUUAAUGUGGUUACAGAGUCUGCGAUGAAUUCCCCGGACACACAGGCCGAGGCAGCACAGCAAUUUGACGAGAUGGCAGCUGGACCCUAUACCAGCCCCGGAAUUGAGGCCCUGGCGUGGGAAAAAAUCCCCCAUGAUCUGCGGGUGCAGUUGUCCAACGAUACCCGAGAGUUCCUUGACCAGUAUCCGUCGGACUGGCCCGAGAUUGAGUAUGUUCUGAUGGCAGGGUAUAGAGGGGGGAGGGAAGAUGGAAUACAGGAGCCUGAUGAUGAUUUGAACUACGCCUCCAUUGUGUUUGGCCUUGCAAUAUCGCAGUCCCGUGGCAACGUGACAAUCACCUCCAGGGAUGUUGCCGUCCCGCCUCUAAUCAACCCAAACUGGCUCACUGCAUCGGCAGACAUUGAGAUUAUGGUAGCAGGCCUCAAGCGGGCGCGGCAGUUCUGGCAAACAAGUGGCCUCAAUCCGGUGGUAAUUGGCCCGGAAGCGUUUCCGGGAGAUUCAGUUGAGACCGACUCGGAGAUUGAAGUCACUGUCAGGCGCAAUGCCAAUUCCAUCUCGCAUGCCUCGUGCACGUGUGCUAUGGGAACUGCUGACGAUCCAAUGGCCGUGGUGGAUACCCAGGGCCGCGUGUUUGGAGUGCAGGGGCUGCGGGUAGUCGACGCUUCAAUUUUCCCUCUUCUGCCUCCGGGUCACCCGCAGGCUACAAUUUAUGCCUUGGCCGAGAAAUUAGCCUGCGAUAUCACCAGACAGUGUGCCGAGUAG